AUGACUGACCGCACCCCAUUGCUUGUCCAAUUCCCCGCCAGCGGCCACCAAGGAGAUACGUUGGGCCUGAACAGAUAUCGUAAGGCCCGCCGGGACGUCCAGAGGUUCCUAUCGUCCCGGGCCAAGCACUGGGUCAUCCUCACCCUCAUCGUGCUUGAUGUUGCCGGUAUCCUGACGGAUAUCUUCAUUGCCUUGAUCACGUGUGAGCUAGACCGACGGGAUGAGGCUUGGGUCCAGCCGACGAGGGAUGGCCUGAAGAACUUCUCCCUGGUACUUAGCUGCUUAUUCCUGAUCGAGUUGCUAUUAUCACUCUGGGCUGAGGGUCCUAGGAGGUAUUUGUCUAGUUGGGUUUCGUGCUUUGAUGCGUUUGUCAUUGUCGUCAGCUUUGCCAUCGAUAUCAUGGAACAUGGGCUGGCCGAGGAGAUUGCCUCUCUGGUCGUCAUCCUACGUCUGUGGAGGUUUGUCAAGAUUGUGAAUGAGUUCAAUGUGGAAGCAUCAGAGCAAACGGAAGAGAUUCGGCAGAGGCUUGAGGAAUUAGAGAAGGAAAAUUCAGAUCUCAAGGACGAGCUACGACGCUACAAGCGGCAGCAGGACGAAGAAGGUCUGCCAUCUUGA